AAAAGAAAAUAAAAAUCAAAACUUUACCCUAUUAGUUUCUAUUUUAUCCAUUCUCCAACCAGAUAGAUUCACUGGAAAGGGAAAGAAGAUUAGGGAUGGAGAUCAUCGGAGGAGAUGAUACAGAGAUGUACGGAUCUCUCGUGACGGCGCAGUCCUUACGGUUGCAUCAUCGUCAUAAUUGCAGAGAGGACCAGUGUACCUCUGUUCUCGUCAAGUACAUUAAAGCUCCUGUUCAUCUUGUUUGGUCACUUGUGCGGAGAUUUGACCAGCCGCAGAAAUACAAACCAUUUAUAAGCAGAUGUACUGUUCAUGGUGAUCCUGAGAUCGGGAGUCUCAGAGAAGUAGAUGUCAGAUCUGGUCUUCCUGCGACCACCAGUACCGAGAGAUUGGAACAGCUUGAUGAUGAAGAACACAUCCUCGGUAUCAACAUCAUUGGUGGUGAUCACAGACUUAAGAAUUACUCUUCGAUCGUGACUGUACAUCCUGAGAUGAUCGAUGGGACGCCAGGAACUAUGGUAAUUGAAUCUUUUGUUGUGGAUGUUCCUCAAGGCAAUACCAAAGAUGAUACAUGUUACUUUGUGGAAUCACUCAUAAAGUGUAACCUCAAAUCCUUGGCUUGUGUCUCUGAAAGACUGGCUGCUCAAAACAUAACCAAUUCCAUCGCCACAUUUUGAAAUAUUUCCAACGGAUACAGAGAGAAGAGUCACACAGCAACCAUUGAAGAUACGAGAGAAGAAUCAUACAGCACCCUUUGAAGAUAUGGCUCAAUGUGUCGCACUUACAAACUCAGUGAAGGGAAGAAAGAUUCAGUGAGUUUAGAAUCUACCAUUAUGAGAUUCAUUAGUCUGGUCAUCUAUAUAGAAGCACACGCGGUCUCGCUUCUUUGUUCAGAUCACCUCCAUAGGCCCUUUCGAGCCUGUGGUAAAAGUUUUGAUGUAAUUUGUUGUCUGUUGUUUGUUGGAUGGAGUCUGUAUUUACGCACCAUUGUAAGAAAAAAAAAAACAGAGCUAUUGUAUCUAUACU